AUGAGCAGAUCGAAGAGUGGUUUGAAGCGCAGCACGGUAAUUUUAGACGACAACAUGGUACGUGAGUAUAAACUAGCACUGGAGAAGCUCACGCUGGAUAACACAAAGCAAGCACACGCGCACACACAAGCUCCUAAACAAAUAAACACAUCGGAUUCGGCAAGUUCCAUCAGCUCGAUGCUGUCACGUGACAACUCUAUUAUGGACCUGCUGCUGAUCGACGAAGAUGAGUCCGAGUUUUUGGACGGGGAAGAGACCAGCGAGGUGGUAUUUCUGUCGAAGGGCCAGUCACAACUGGAUUUCCAAUUGGACCUCUGGGAGAACGAUACUGCUGUUCUCUCAAGGACUCCGCUAGAGUUCUAA